UACGAUCUCAACUAUCAGCGCGACGAGCGUUCACAGGAGACAUCACCGAAUUCCAGCCGGUACGAUUUCGCGCUGAUGAUUUGAGGAUACAUCAGUCCCAGCACAGAUCGGCCAACGAAAGUUUAUACUACCCAAUACGACUUCGGUUAAUACGAGUUUCAUUAACAUCAUCGGUAAGGUGUCGACUGGUUUUUCGUUGGCUGCGUCUGGUGCACCGUCGAACUUUCGAUCGUUGCCUCCAUACCCCUCUGGUCGGAUCUGUUAUACCACCGACACACUUUUUUGCCGCCACUUCUAUACUCGUUUUUCACGAUGGCGCCUCUAAAUGUCCCGGACCACAAUCCAGAUCCUGCGCCAGCGCCGCCGGGUUAUUACCAGAAUUGGAACGACUCGCACAAUUUUUUGCUACAGCACCAAUUCGCAAAAGAGGCAGAUAUGACGGUCGCUGUCCAACACCUCCUAGGGUUGAAUAUCCUCGUUGAGAAUCAGCGUCUGGAGUCGAUAGGAGUGAUCAAUAAUUUUAAUUGGGUGUGGGGCAGGUUCCUUUUCUCUCGCACUUGCCGAUUUCCGAAUGAACCGAAGUACCUCGAUUACACUGCCGGUGGAAUCGGCAUCUAUUUCAGGACCUCGCGCAACCUUUUGAGGAACUUUCGGCAAGACGGACCUGCCCCAGUCAACGAUGAAACGAAUCGGAUGUAUCGGUCGAUGCUGGAGCGAGCGCUUGAGUCACCCCAAGCAAGAAACAGUGUCACUUCUUUUCGUAUUUUUGAUCGACGAUCUUUUGAACAUUAUUAUGGUUUGCAAUGGAUCGAGGGGGAGGAGCCGGAAGCUGCAGGGCCCAAUGUUGAUAAUGUUAAUGGCCAUGUCAAUGGUCAUGUCGAUGGUCAGGUCAAUGGCGAUGUCAAUGGUCAUGUCAAUGGUCAUGCUGAUCAUGGUGAUGCUCAUUCUGAUCAUGGUGAUGAUCAUGAGCAAGAACCCGGUCGUUAACGGCCGUGCAACAAACGCAACGAUAAGGAACCACGGUGAGAACGACACAAUUUUCCCUUCUUCUCAUUGCCAUUGAACGUCCUCUACGUUUUCUUCGUGUUUCUCUUUUUUGUAUUGUAUAUAGUGACAAUUUUUAUAGAACAAAAUCAUUUAUUGUACUUCAUGACACGUGAAUUGUUUAAUUACAAAUCAUUAUUUGUAGCUUUUUAAUUAUUUGUGACGAAAAACUAUAUUAUAAUAAAAUAAUAAUAUGAUGAUAAAUCAAAUCC